AUGUCUGUAGAGUCUGUGCAUGGUCCUGGAAAUGCAUCUUUUAAUGAACAUGAACAUUCUGAGGAUAAUGCUCCACCGCAAGAUGAAAAUCCUUUUCUGGGACAGUUUAUCGAAAUGUUGCAAAGAAUAGCAGCACCUCCGCACCAUCGAGCACAGGAACCAGAAAUUGACAAAAACUAUGAGAGACAGAAGUUAAAAUAUGCAGUGUCAUUGUUUGAGAAGGAUGCUUUGGAUUGGUGGGAAACAGUUACAGGAAGCGGAAAUAGGCCAUUGACUUUAACCUGGGAUGAUUUCCUCAGAGAAUUUGGUGAGAAAUACAUGCGACCAGUGUAUCGUGAUAAAAAGAAAAUUGAAUUCAUGGAACUGAAGCAGAAUGAGUUAUCAGUGGCUGAAUAUGAACUUCAAUUUGUCAGAUUAUCAAAGUAUGCACCUGAAGAGAUAACUACUGAGGAAAGGAAAAGAAGUAAAUUUGAAAGGGGUUUGAACCUUGAUAUUCGAGAGAAAAUUGCUGUUAAGACUCCUACUUAUAGUGCAUUGAUUGAAGCCGCUUUGAGGGCUGAAGAAAUACUAGUUGAAAGGAGCGAGAUAGAGUCUAAAAAGAAGAAAAUGACUGGGACUUUUUAUGCUCCUUCAAGACAUGGUAGUUCCUUUUCUUUUAGAGGAUCAAGUUCAAGUACUAGUGGCUAUAGAGGAAAGGGAAGAGGUCAGUCGAGUAGGCCAGCUUUAAUGCCAUCUGGCAGAGGUGGAUAUACAUCUACUGGGUUUGAUAAUAGACAACGACCAACAAGGUCAGUUAGUGUAGGAUCCACUCCAGUGUGUGCAAAUUGUGGCAGAGUACAUUCAGGGGAGUGUUGGGGAAGAAACCCUAUUGUGUGUUAUAAUUGUCGUCAACCUGGCCAUAUUGUUAGAGAUUGUCCACUCAGGAGAGGUUUGCUUGAAGAAUCUCAAGCUAUGGGUCAGAGUAGUGUGGGUGAAAAUAUACACCAAGUGGGUGUAGGCCGGGGAAGAGGAAGAGGUAAUAGAGGAGGAGGAACAUCUUCAGCUAUACAGUCUGGAUAUACAAGCCAACCUCAUACCCAAGCCAGAGUAUUUGCAGUGACGAGGCAAGAUGCACCUACUGCACCUGAUGUGAUUACUGGUACAUUUUCUAUCUGUAAUUGUGAUGCACAUGUGUUAAUUGAUCCUGGAUCUACAUGUUCAUUCAUAUCACAUGAGUUUGCAUUACGUGUGCAUGGCAUAUUUGAACCAUUGGGACAUGAUAUAUAUGUUUCUAUGCCUGCUUGGGGUGUUAUUAUUGUAAAUACUAUGAUGAAAUCUUGUCCUAUGAUUGUGGAUGGUAUGACCUUACAAGCUGAUUUGGUGGUUAUUAAUUUGAGAGUUUGA